AUGUAUGCUGAGGUGAAUGUGCAGUCAGGACUACUAACCUUCGGAGCGAUUUGGGUGGCCGCGGCAGCAGGCAUCAGUGCUCCAUGGAACUACACGAUGAUCCGCUUUUUCAUCGGCUGCGCUGGUGCCACGUUCGUCACCAACCAGUUCUGGUGCUCCCUGAUGUUUGCCCCCAAUGUGAUCGGCACUGCGAAUGCCACGGCAGCUGGAUGGGGCAAUCUCGGCGGUGGUGUCACGCAAAUCUUCAUGAUGAGUGUCCUCUUCAACCCCAUGGUAGAGUCUGGCAUUGCCCCGGACACCGCUUGGCGUCUGGCCAUGAUCGUGCCAGCAGUGAUGUUCUUGAUCGUCGCUCUCAGCUUGAAGCUCUUGUGCUGGGACACGCCAACGGCUAGGCGCUUCGACGUGUCCGUCACGGGCAAAACCCAGAAACCAUCCAUGAUGGACUAUUGUGAAGUGCUCAAGGACGUUCGUGUGGUCGUGAUGAUUGCCCAGUACUCAGCGUGCUUCGGCGCUGAAUUAGCGAUGAAUAAUCAGUUGGCGACGCACUUUCGCACGUACUUCCAGCUGGCGGCAGCAGAUGCUUCAGCAUUGGCGGGCUCCUUUGGCUUGAUGAACCUUUUCGCCCGUAGCUUGGGAGGCAUCACCUCUGACCUGCUCUUCAAGAAGUUCGGCUUCCGCGGCCGCAUUUGGGCGCAGUUCUUGUCGCUCUUCUUCGAAGCCAUCUUCUUAUUUUGCUUCGGACUUGUGGACAACAGCCAGCCGUGGUAUGUUGCGCUCGCAGUGCUGUUGUGCUUCAGCUUGUUCGUGCAGAUGGCUGAGGGGACCUCUUAUGGUAUCGUGCCGUUUAUGAAUAAGCAACAGUUGGCCAUAGUGUCCGCCUUGGUCGGUGCGGGCGGAAACCUGGGUGCCGUCAUUGCUGGCUUCGGCUUCUACCGCCCGAUCGAGGACCCUCUUCUGCCGUUCCAGAUUCAUGCUGGCUAUGUAAUGUUCUGGACUUUGCUGACGCCAUGUUACUACUGGGCGGAACACGGUGGAAUGUUCAGCGGGCCGGCUGUGAAGGCUGCUGAGCCAGCAGCCCCUUCCGUGUGA